AUCACUAGUUCUUCUAUGUACCUCGACGCUGAAUGGUGUGUUUGCGCACACUUUUCUGCAAAAAAAAUAUUUUAAGUGCAGAAAUAGGCGAAAAUAUUGAAGAAUCAUUGCAUUCGCGAUUACAGCACAAUUUUUGCAACGCGCCAGCAUUGUUUUUACGCACGGAUGCAUAUUUGUGAUGUGGAUAUAUUGUGAUUAAAAAUUUUCCCCAUCUGAGAUGUCUCAAACAUGAAUGAAGGUAAUUCAGCAGGAGGGGGGCAUGAAGGGCUAAGCCCGGCCCCUCCUGCUGUGUCAGACCGUGUAACGUUACAAUCAACGGAAAAAUCAGUUACAACGCCAAAAUCAACAGCAACUGCACACAACAACAAUAAAUCAUCAUCAGCAACAUCAACAGUAGCAACAACGCAGCAGAAACCCAGCAAACAACAACAACAACAGCAGCAGCUGCUCAGUGCGCAGCUGCCUGUGCCGCUGUCGAACUUGUCGACAGAGGCAACGGCAGCCGCAACGCCAGCAGCAGCUUCCACAUACUCCUCCAAUUCAGCAAAAGCAGAUACCUCCGUUUCAGAGUCAAUAGCGCCGCCCCAGGCAAAGCGUCAGCGUUUAGAAGACACGGAAGUGGGAGGCGAGGUCGCCAGUGACAAUAACAACAGCAACAUUGUUGGAGCCGUUAGUAGCAACAUCGUUGGCUCUUUACUGCCAGCGUCGGUUGUGGCCAGCAGCGAAGUUGGUGGGGCCAUUUCAACGGCACUACAGGACUUGAAUGCGCUCAAGAAGCGCAUUCUCCAACAGAAAUAUCAAAUUUUGCGUAAUCUUAAGGAAAGGCAUCUUGAAAAUGUGUCGGAAUACUUUUAUUUACAAAACGGUGGCAGUAUGAUGGACUACCCCGCGUGGCGUAAAAAGACACCAACACCGCAGUUCAUCAGCUACAGCAAUGCGAAUCGUAUCGAGCAGCUGAUACUCGAGGAAAAGCCAAGCACAUCCGCCGCCGCAGCAGCAGCAGCUGUGGCCCAAGGACACCGAACAACGCAACAACCAACACAACAACAACCGCAGCAAUCUUCGGAUUCAGUCGUUAGUAAUAGUAACAGCAGCAGUAGCAGCAGCCCUGCAACUGCAACAACAACCAGUACAGGGACAACAGGCAAACAGUUAGAGACAGAUAACAGCACACAAACAAAAACGAAUACGCAAUCUCUGUUGCCAACAAAAUCUGGCAGCAAUACAACUGCAGUAACAGCGACAGCGUCGUCAAGUCCAAGCCGCGGUGGGCCAACUACAAAAACUACCACAACAGUAGCAGCAACUGGAGCAUUGCCGAUAACCAGCAGCUUAGUGGAGACGAGCGGUAAUGCAUUGCCACCGGAGGCGGAGAUAAAGAUACCAGCAGUUGGUGCGACGCCAGUCGCCGUCUCCACGAAGCUACCCGCCGCCGUAGUACAGUUGACGCAGCAAGGUCACAUACCCGGUAGACCUCUAGGAGGUCGUCACGGUAUGGUCUUCGGUCAAAUACCCGCGCCUCCUGCCGUAGGAAAUUCUUCUGUACCUUUGGUGCCAGGUGGCACGCCGUUGGUGCCCUGUAGUAGCUCCUCUGGUUCAGCGGCGCUGCGUCGUCCAAACUCACAACAGAAUGCAGCAGGAGCACAAAGUGCGUCAACUGGCGGAGCGACAUCAUCGCCGCUAUACACGGGUGGGGCCAAUGGUACGAGUGCGACCGUUGGGAGUGGCAGUGGUGGCGUCCUGACACCCUGCACACCUGGUGGCAGCAGCGGAAGCCUGAUGAGUCCACUCGCAAGCACAGGCACGCCCAACAGUGCGCAGGAGUUUUCGUUUAAGGCCAAGCAGGAGGUGUACGUGAUGCAACGUAUAUCCGAACUACAACGAGAGGGAUUAUGGACUGAGCGGCGUUUGCCCAAGCUACAGGAGCCCAGCCGACCCAAGGCGCACUGGGACUAUCUGUUGGAGGAGAUGGUCUGGCUGGCAGCUGACUUUGCGCAGGAGCGCAAGUGGAAAAAGAAUGCAGCCAAGAAAUGCGCCAAAAUGGUGCAAAAGUAUUUCCAAGACAAGGCCAACGCGGCGCAGCGUGCUGAAAAGGCCCAAGAACUGCACCUAAAACGCGUCGCCUCCUUCAUUGCGCGCGAGGUGAAAAGCUUCUGGUCAAAUGUAGAGAAACUGGUCGAAUAUAAGCACCAAACAAAAAUCGAGGAGAAACGCAAGCAGGCUCUGGAUCAGCAUCUCAGUUUCAUAGUCGAUCAAACAGAGAAGUUCUCACAACAGCUGGCCGAAGGCAUGAACAAAAAUGUGGCCGAAACACCUAGUCUAACAUCCAGUCGCCUAACAUCCCCCAAACGCGAAUCAGAUGAUGAAUUUAGGCCUGAGUCUGGCUCUGAGGAUGAUGAGGAGACAAUAGCCAAGGCUGAGGAAGAGGCAGCCGAUGUCAAUGAGGAGGUCAAAGCGCUGGCUAAAGAAUCUCAAAUGGACUUUGAUGAUUUCCUCAAUGAUUUGCCACCUGGCUACUUGGAGAAUCGUGAUAAACUGCUGUUAGAGGAACAGAACUCAACAAAAGGCGCUUCCACAAGUGCUGCAGCAGCUGAAGCUGACGAUAGCGAUGAUAGCGAAUUCCAAGCCAAGGAGGCGAGCGAUGAUGAUGAGAACACCAUCAGUAAACAGGAGGAGGCCGAGCAGGAAGUUGAUCAUCAGAAAGAGAUCGACGAGCUGGAGGCUGACAAUGAUUUGACCGUAGAGCAACUGCUCGAGAAAUACAAGUCGGGUAAAAUCAAUGAGCCACCCAGCGCCAAGAGGCGUAAAAUUGCUGUGGAAACCUCAGAGCAAGACUCUGAUGAUGACUCGACAGCCAUUGAAGAUUCAACAGACAGCAGCGAAGUGGAAGCGAGUGAGGAGGAAGACGAAGAUAUGUCAACCGUUAAGAGCGAUUCGGACCAGGAGGAGGGUGAGCAAGAGGAUGGUCUCAAGAGUUUGCUAGCUGAUGCCGAUGGUUCUGGUGUGGAUGGAGCGGGGAGUGCGGCUGGUGUUGGCAGUAAGGACAACAAAGAUGAUAUGUUGAACGAUGCUGCCGCACUGGCUGAAAGUCUACAGCCGAAGGGUAACACGUUGUCCUCGACCAAUGUCGUGACGCCUGUUCCAUUCCUAUUAAAGCACACGUUACGUGAGUACCAGCACAUUGGACUCGAUUGGCUGGUCACCAUGAACGAGCGCAAGCUCAAUGGCAUUCUGGCUGAUGAGAUGGGAUUGGGCAAGACGAUACAAACUAUAGCAUUGCUGGCGCAUUUGGCCUGUGCUAAGGGCAACUGGGGACCCCAUUUAAUCGUGGUGCCCUCUUCUGUGAUGCUUAACUGGGAAAUGGAGUUCAAGAAAUGGUGUCCAGGCUUCAAAAUACUCACCUACUACGGCACGCAAAAGGAAAGAAAGCUCAAACGUGUCGGCUGGACGAAACCAAAUGCGUUCCAUGUCUGCAUCACCUCCUACAAGCUGGUCGUACAGGAUCAACAGAGUUUUCGUCGUAAAAAGUGGAAGUACCUCAUUCUUGACGAGGCACAAAACAUUAAAAACUUUAAAUCACAGCGUUGGCAACUGCUGCUUAACUUCUCCACCGAAAGACGCUUGCUCUUAACGGGCACGCCACUGCAGAACGAUCUUAUGGAGCUCUGGUCCCUGAUGCACUUCCUCAUGCCAUAUGUGUUCUCCUCGCAUCGCGAGUUCAAGGAAUGGUUCUCCAAUCCCAUGACUGGUAUGAUCGAAGGCAACAUGGAGUACAAUGAAACGUUAAUUGCUCGACUACACAAGGUUAUUCGUCCAUUUCUGCUGCGUCGGCUUAAAAAAGAGGUGGAGAAGCAAAUGCCAAAGAAGUACGAACACGUUGUCAUGUGCCGUUUGUCGAAUCGUCAACGUUAUCUGUACGAAGAUUUCAUGAGCCGAUCCAAAACUCGCGAAACACUACAAACUGGCAAUUUGCUGAGCGUGAUCAAUGUGCUUAUGCAGCUGCGCAAGGUGUGCAAUCAUCCAAACAUGUUUGAGGUGCGGCCAACGAUAUCGCCGUUUCAAAUGGAGGGCAUUGCGUUCCAUACACCACGUCUAGUCAGCGACAUCUUGGAGUAUGAUCCGUUCACGCAAAUUAAUUUGGAAACCGUCAACAUGCUGUUACUGCAUCUGGAACAAACGCUGACUGCCUACGUCUCACACAAGUCGCGACUUUUGUCGCCGCCACGCAAGUUGAUUGAGGAAAUCGACAGUGCACCGCUACCUCCGCCACGUUGCCCCAACGGCAAGUACCGCUUUCACAUACGUGUGCGUAGCGCGGAGCUGGCACAGCGCAUAAAACUGCAAGCGGUGCGUGUUGGUGCCAGUCCGGCCAUGAGACUGGAAGGCUCAAAAAUUGUCCCCAUGCGCAGCCUGCUGCCCAGUGGACAUGUGCUGAAACGUGUCACCGGCACUAUUAAUCCCAUCAAUAUGGCCCUGAAGCCUGUGAUAAUUAAUAGUCUAACAUCAACGACGGCCAGCAACAGCAGCAGUAGCAGCAGCACACCUCUGAAUGUGUUGGGAAACAGCUCCAAACUUUUAAGUUCGCGUUCGCCCAUAGGUGCUCCAACACCUGCCAAGGUAGCCAAAACAAUGCAGGAUGGUAAACCCUUUUUCUACUUGGCUCCUGCGACAAAUACCGGUGGGGCUGGAGCACGGCUUACGUUGACAAGCAAAACUACAUCCGCGAGCUCCACAGUCAGUGCGACAGCGGUGAGCGCAACGGCAACGAGCAGCAGCUCCUCAGCGCAAAUGCAGCAGUUGAUCAAAGAUCCGAUUGUCAAAGAUCUGGCUACGCAUGUGAAGCUGACGGCGCAAAGGCAAACCAAUGGAAAGACUCAGGACGAGGACUCGAAAUCAACGUCUGAGGAGGCUGAAGAUCCUUAUCGCGUGCAGCAGCUUAUACAGAUGCGAAAGGAACAGCGCUUGGCUUCGCUUAAACGCAUGGCUCACAUCAAUCGCCGCCGAACUGAUGCCACGCCCAUUUAUGGAGCUGAUUGCCGUGAGGCCAUCGAGGGCUGCAUGCAGGCAACACGUACAGCAAAGCAUUCUACCUGGCAAACGAGAGGAUUUGCGAAUUGUACCGUUGCUAUGCGACACCACGACGACAACUGGUCACUAAAUCGCCUGCUGAAGAAUUACGAGCAGCGUUGCGCCGAACUGGCGCCAAUCUUCGCUAACUUCGUAAUUUAUGUGCCGUCAGUGUGUGCGCCACGAAUACGUCGCUAUGUGCAGAAUUUGUCAUCGACGCACUGGCAGACCGAACGGCAGAUCGAGACGACAAUAACUCAAUCGUUGUCGCCCAAACUGGCACUGUUACAUCCCAUAAUCUCGGCGAUGACUACACAGUUUCCCGAUCCGCGUCUCAUACAAUACGAUUGUGGCAAGCUGCAAACGCUGGAUCGUCUGUUGCGGCAGCUAAAGGUUGAUGGGCAUCGUGUGCUGAUCUUCACGCAAAUGACCAAAAUGCUGGACGUGCUGGAGGCAUUCCUUAAUUACCAUGGUCAUAUAUACCUGCGGCUCGAUGGCUCAACACGGGUGGAGCAGCGACAAAUACUCAUGGAGCGUUUCAAUGGAGACAAGCGUAUCUUUUGUUUCAUUUUGUCUACACGUUCUGGAGGUGUAGGUGUCAAUUUAACCGGCGCCGAUACUGUAAUCUUCUAUGACUCCGACUGGAAUCCGACGAUGGAUGCCCAGGCACAGGAUCGCUGCCAUCGCAUUGGGCAAACUCGAGAUGUGCACAUAUAUCGGCUGGUGUCAGAGAAAACCAUCGAAGUCAACAUCCUGAAGAAGGCCAACCAGAAGCGCAUGCUCAGCGAUAUGGCCAUAGAGGGCGGCAACUUUACGACCACUUUCUUCAAGAGCACCACAAUUAAAGAUUUGUUUGCGGUCGACCAGUCGCAGGAGUCGGAGGAUGGUCAGGAUAAGCCCGAUGAGAAGGACAAAAUAAUUGCCGCUGAAGUAGAGCCUGUCGUCGAAACCGAGAAACAAUCGCUGCGCGCCUUUGAGCAUGCUCUUGCUGCUGCCGAGGACGAGCAGGACGUUCAGGCCACGAAGACGGCCAAGGCUGAAGCAGCUGCCGAUCUUGCCGAGUUCGAUGAGAAUAUACCCAUUGCGGAUGAGACUAAUGCGGACGGUGGAAAUGCACCGGUCGAACUGAGUAAAGCCGAUCUGGAAAUGCAAAAUCUUGUCAAGCAGCUCUCGCCGAUUGAGCGCUAUGCCAUGCGUUUCGUGGAGGCUACCGGCGCCGCCUGGACAGCUGAGCAGCUGCGAGCCGCCGAGGCGGAGCUUGAGAUGCAGAAACGUGAGUGGGAGGCGAAUCGCUUGGCAGCUAUGCAAAAAGAGGAGCAGCUGCUCAAGCAGGAGACCGAGUCCGAGGAGCUUCUGACAUACAGUCGCAAGGAUGCCAGUAACCAGGUCUGGAUAUCGCGCAAUACCAUGGAGCAGAUGCCGAUGUGGUGCCCGCCUACGCCACCGCAAGACAAUAAUGACAUCUACAUUGAUCACUCGCUGUCGUUUAUGUACGAUCUGGAGCCAAUACCCGAGUCCGAGCUUCCUCCCGUUUAUGUGCGACGCGAGCUGAAGCGAUCGCGUACCGAUGCCGGCUUCGAUGGCAGUCGGCGUCCGAACAAAAUGCGACGCGAGGAUAACUAUGUGCCGCCACGUUCGUUGUUUGAUCGUCCCACAGCGCAGCUGGCGCGUUUGCGGCGUGAGCUAAAGAAUCAGCGUUUCCGUGGCAGCUUUAAGCCGAAUUCGAUGAUACCUGGUCUGAAGCCGCAGUUGCCGGCGAAGCCGCUGACUGAGCCAGAGGCCAUGAGUGAGUGGUGCGUGUUCGAGGACAUGGCCAUACUUCAUGUGCUGAUCAAUUUGCAGGGUCUGCCGUGCAGCCUGAUGCUGCUCUCGCCGGGUCAGACGCCCAAUUGGGAUCUAGUUUCGGAGAUAGUGAACUUCUGCUCGAAGACGUAUCGCUCGGCCAGGCAGUGCCGCUGGCGUUACGAGACUCACAUUCAGCCACGUGAGGAGGGCAAAGUGGUGGAGAGCCCCAAGAAGCAAAAGAAACUGAAGCCCACGUUGCGCAUGGAGUACAUGAAGAGUCCGUUGCGCUAUUUGCGCACCACACAGCUCUAUGCCAGCGAUAACAAUGCCUCCUUCUAUAAGGUGAUGCGACAGCGGUUUGACACCAUCAAGACGACCUACUUGAAGAAGGCGCCGGCACCGAAGCGUCAGUAUAAUGCACCCAACCUGAUGAAUCCCAAACAUAUGGAGGUGUUGCAGAAGUUUGGUAUUAGCAACUACGAUCAGCCCGUGUCGCCCAGCAACAUAGCUGUGAUGAAGGCGAACAAAAUGCGCGACAAGCAGCGUAGUCAAAUGCCAAUGCAGCAGCAGCAGCCGCAACAGCAGCAACAACAACAACAACAGCAGCAAGUUCCGCAGCAACAGCAGCAAACGGUGCAGCAGCACCAACAGCAACAUGUGCAACAUCAGCAGAUACAGCAGCAGCAGCAACAGCAGGUACAGCAACAACAACAAUUGCAGCAACUACCAACAGUUGGCACUGUGCAGCAAUCAGUAGAGUUGGUACCCAGCACGACAACAACUGUUGCCGUGCCUGCUGGCAACACUGGCCAAUUGCAGCAGCUACAGAUACAGCAUCUGACCAGUGCCAAUGUGGCGCCCAACCAGCAGACGGCCAUAUUGCUGCAUCAGCCGCAGCAGCAGCAGCAACUGCGCACACAGACCACAACCCAGCAGCUGGUGAAGACUAUUGUUGGCACCACGGCUAAUCUUACGGCUGGUCAACUACAGCAGUUGGCGCAGCAAACAUCGGGCAAUGCCGGUGGCGGUGUGCAGCUUCAGGCGGCACCGCCGGGCAGCCAGUCGAGCGUCAGUGUGGUGCUAACCACCCCAGUGCAGUCUCUGCCCAUUGCCACGCACAACAAUGGCUCCACGGCUCAGAUAGUGUCCAUCUCUUCGCAGUCGACGCUGCCAGUGAAUACGGCGCCACAGGUGGGCAGCAUUGUUCAAACCCAGACACUGCCGCAAGUUGUAUCCGUUGGGCCACUGACCACCACGGCCACCGGCCAACAGCAGCAACAACAGCAACAGGCAACGGGCACAGUGACGAUGCUGCGUGGCCAGCGUAUUGUGUCCGCUGCUGGUGGUGGCGGCAAUACCCUGCAGGAUGUGGUGCUGCAACAGCGCACCACGGCCGGUGGACAGUCCAUUGUGUCUAUGCCCAGUCUGGGACAAGGUGUGACUCCCGCUCAAUUCCAAACGCAGCUACGACUGGCAGCAGUAUCCGGCUCACCCGCCACCCAGACAACCCAGCUAGUUACCACCAAAGGCAUACCUGUCAGUGCAUUGCAGCAGGGCGGCAAGACGGUGCUGCCCGGCACCCAGCAGCAGGCGGCUCACAUCCAACUCUAUCGGCAGCGCAAUCUGAAGGUGUUGCAAGCGUCCCAGGGAGCUCCUGGCACCGCCACAGCCGGUGGUCUGAAUCCAACUGUGGUGCAAACAGCAGGUGGUGCCCUAGCCACGGGCACAAUCAUUCAAGCGAGCAAUCUGAUGCAGACUUCCACCCACGUCACCAGCCAGAAAGUCGCAGUUUCUGGCAUGCCAGGCGCAACCACAGUGCAGGCGGGCAAUGUGGUUAGCUCGGUGCAGAUGCAUGGACAGGCGAGAACGCAGUUCAUCAAGCAAAUGGCAGCCGGUAAGCAGGGCCUGCAGCGUCAGGUGCUCACUACCGAUGGAAGUGGUGCUAGCGUCGCUCCAGGUACGAGUGAUAUGCUGCUCGUUAAGCGGCACAAUAUACUGGCAGCUCAAAAGGCGCAACAGGCCACCGGACCGCUAUUCACGACUACCACCAGCAACAGUGCUGUGCAGCAGCAGCAGCAACAACAGCAGCAGCAACAACAACAACAGCAGCAGCAGCAGCAACAACAACAGUUGCCCGUCGCUGGUGUCGUGCAGCAACAGCAGCAGCAGACGCAGCAAAUCGCCACACUGGUUAAGGCAUCGACAGCAGCAGCAGCCAGUGGCAACAGCGUCAGCGCCGGUGGGGUCACUGUCUCCGCCACAGGACCGCCCACAGUGCAGGCGGGCAGCGUUAAUAUGACACUGCCGCAGCUGAAGCCGGGCAGCCAGAUAAAGGUGACGAUGCCGAAUCAAAUGCGCCACUUGCACGUGCAACAGCAGUUGGGCAUGUCGCGCAAGAUCAACCGCAUGACACAGCUGGUAAGUGCAUCUGGUCAGCCGACGGCCACGAAUAUUGUGGCCACCACGAGUGGUCCUCAGCAGCAGCAACAGACACCGGGCGGCGUCACUGUCUCGCCUGCCGGGCAACAGCAACAGCAGCAGCAGCAACAGAAGGCAACUCAAGGCGCCGGCAGCUUGCAGGCCCAACUGUUGCACAUACAAAACACCAAAGCGGUGACAGUGCAACAAAUCCAGCAAGUGGUGCGCAGCGGACAGCAAACGGGCAUCGUUCUAAGCAAGACGAGUCGUGUCAUACCCGUCUCUGUGGCGUCACAGGCCACACAACGGCAGACCAUACAGGUAGUUUCCGCUGCUUCGGCUCAGGCUUUGGCCGCUGGCAAUCUGCGCACAAGUCAGAGCAUAGCUAGCGCUUUGAAGGUUGCUGCUUCCGCCGUUGGUCAGACGACUCAGCAGACGCUGAUUGCAGCACUGCAGCAUAACCAAAGGCAAAAUGCGAGCCCUGUGCGCUUGCAAACCACAGCAGCUGGCAAUUUGCUAGCUGUGGUACAGCAACAGCAGCAGCAGCAGCAACAACAACAACAGCAACAGCAGCAACAACAACAGCAGCAACAACAACAGCAGCAACAACAACAGCAACAACAACAACAGCAGCAGCAACAUGCUAAUCUUGCUGGGCCUUCAUCCGGUCCGGCUGAGGUUAUGACAAUAACACAGACCACAGCGCCGCUGCCAACAGUUGCUAGUCUGCAACAACAGCAGCAGCAACAGCAGCAGCAGCAGCAACAACAACAGCAGCAGCAGCAGCAGCAACAACAACAACAGCAGCAACAGCAGGUUGGGGUCGUACAACAGCAGCAGCAACAACUGCCAACGACGCAACAGGUACGAACGCUGGUGAAGAAAAAGAUCAUGAUCAGAAGCGAGAAAGAAUAACAUUUAGCGAAUCAUCGCACAAGAGUUGGCGCACGGCCGCGCAAUCGGCGCAGCAUCAUUACGAACACCCACACAACCACUUCAACAAGAACAAGCACCACCACCACCGUAGCCAAUUCGUUUACAAUUACAAGCACCACAACAACCACAACCACCAAAAAAUGCAUCGUCGCCACAAUUACAACGGGUCAAUUUUAGACGCCGGCAAUUUCGAUAUCAGCUGUGUUGCAACAAAAUUACUGAAUGCUCUCGCUCAUUACUUCAUUACUUGUUCAACAUGUCCGUCAAUCAAUCAAUCAGCUAGACCCACCAACCAACCAACCAAUCAAUCGAUCAAUCUAUCAGUCAGUCAGUCAGCGAAUCAAUCAUUGCUUAAAUCGUACUUAAAACCCUUUUGUUUCGAUUGGUUUUACAGCCAUGAGCCGGCGCCUCCUUGCCUGCUGCAGGAUCCUGAUCGGGAUUUUUGGUGAUGGGGAUGAUGUAGUGUGAAGGGCGUGGCACACACACUCCAGCACACGCACACACCCACACCCACACCCACAACCACACCCAUACAGACAGCUUAAGUCUGUUGUUAAUUGUAAUUAUAUAUAAAUAAUAUUUAGUCGUAUUAUUAACUAUAUAGCCAAACUCAAUUGAAAAUGCAAUUCUGUAAAUCAUAUUCCUUAAGCUUCUCCUAGCUUAUAGACAUAAUAAUAAUAAUUAUAAUAAUAAUAUAUAGAUUUUAA